AUGGCCCAAGAGCUUAUUCAGCUUAACCCUGGACAACAGGUCGAGAGAUGGAGCAUUGAAAAGAAAUUGGGAGAAGGAGGGUUCGGUGCCGUCUAUCGUGUCUUCGAUGCGACCGGAAAAUAUGCUAUGAAAGUUGAAGGAUGCAAUGAGCAAAUUCAGGUGCUCAAACUGGAAGUGUCGGUGCUCAACGAGCUGUCGAAACGUGGAAAUCGUCAUUUCUGCAAGAUUGAGGACAAGGGACGCUUUGGAAACUUCAACUAUGUCGUCAUGACUCUUGUCGGAAAGUCGCUGCAAGACUUGAACAAGGCGGGUCCCGGUGGACACAUGACAAUGGGUUGUUCGAUCGGAAUUGGAAUCCAAUCGCUGGAAGCUUUGGAAGAUCUUCACAACAUUGGAUAUCUUCAUCGUGAUGUGAAACCUGGCAACUACACGAUUGGCCGUCCAGAGUUGAACGAAAUCCGCAAAGUGUACAUUCUCGAUUUUGGGAUGUGCAGAAAAUUCACUGGAAACGAUGGAACCAUCAGAAAGCCACGUCAAGCUGCUGGAUUCCGUGGUACUGUCAAGUACGCCCCAAUCAGUUGUCACUUGCAAAGAGAGCUCUGCCGGUAG